GUCAGAAGGGUCGUGCAGGGCGGACAGGGCGCCUGGCUGCUCGGCUUUCGCCCCGGGACCGGCCAUGGUGUUGCGCGGCGUCAGGGUGGUGGAGCUGGCGGGCCUGGCCCCGGGGCCGUUCUGCGGGAUGGUCCUGGCGGACUUCGGAGCUCAGGUGGUGCGCGUCGACCGGCUGGGCUCCGUGGGCGACGUGAGCUUCCUGGCCCGGGGCAAGCGCUCGCUGCUGCUGGACCUGAAGCGGCCGCAGGGAGCCGCGGUGCUGCGGCGCAUGUGCGCACGCGCGGACGUGCUGCUGGAGCCCUUCCGCCGCGGGGUCAUGGAGAAGCUCCAGCUUGGCCCAGUGACUCUACUGAAGGACAAUCCAAAGCUCAUCUAUGCCAGGCUGAGUGGAUUUGGCCAGUCGGGAAGUUUCUCCAAGGCAGCUGGCCAUGACAUCAACUACUUGGCUUUGUCGGGUGUUCUGUCAAAGAUCGGCAGAAGUGGUGAGAACCCAUACCCACCGUUGAAUCUCCUGGCUGACUUUGGCGGCGGUGGCCUCAUGUGUACACUGGGCAUUGUGCUUGCUCUCUUUGAACGCACACGUUCUGGCCAAGGUCAGGUCAUUGAUGCGAACAUGGUGGAAGGAACAGCAUACUUAAGUUCUUUCCUGUGGAAGACUCAGCACACGUGGCUGUGGAGCCAGCCUCGAGGACAAAACAUGUUAGAUGGCGGGGCUCCUUUCUACACAACCUACAAGACAGCAGACGGGGAGUUCAUGGCGGUUGGCGCAAUAGAGCCCCAGUUCUAUGAGCUGCUGGUCAAAGGACUUGGACUCAAGUCUGAUGAACUCCCCGCACAGAUGAGCACAGCUGAUUGGCCGGAAAUGAAGAAGAAAUUUGCAGAUGUGUUUGCAAAGAAGACCAAGGCAGAGUGGUGCCAGAUCUUUGAUGGGACAGAUGCAUGCGUGACCCCAGUGCUGACAUUUGAAGAGGCCCCCCACCACAGUCACAACAGGGAACGGGCCUCGUUUAUCACUAAUGAGGAGCAGCAGACAAGCCCCCGCCCUGCACCUCAGCUGUCCAGAACCCCAGCUAUCCCUUCUGUCAAAAGGGAGUGUUGUGUAGGAGAGCACACUGAAGAGGUUCUUAAAGAGUUUGGGUUCAGUCAAGACGAGAUUAGUCAGCUGUGCUCAGAUAGAAUCAUUGAGAGUAAAAAGCCAAAAGCCAACCUCUGACUCACAGGUUCCCGGCUCACGUGAACCUGAAUGCUGUCUUUACACUGGAGAAUGACACCCACAAUUGUGUGUAUGGCAGUGGGGAUGAACAGUAAUGAAGUGAUCCAAGUAUUCCAAUCAAGACACAACUAAAGACUGAUUACAGAGUAAUGAUUACACUCUGAAACAACCGCUUCUCAGAGCCUCUGAUUGAGGAAUAUUUUUGUGUGCAUACUGAUAGGAACUUGUCGCACGUUUUCUGCCUUUCAGUUCACUUGAUAACAUGUAUAUAUAAAUAUAGCUAUGAUAUAUU